AUGACCAAGCUCGCCGUCCUGGCCCUCGCGGCCGCCGCUGCCCCCUUCGCCUCAGCCCUUGGCAUGGCGCGCGUGGUCAACAAGUGCCCCGAGACGGUACACGUCUGGUCGGUGGGUUCCGAGAUGGCCGGCCCUUACGCGCUGGGGACCAACGGCGGGUUUUACGCCGAGGAGUUCCGCAAGGAUCCGCGGACCGGCGGCAAGGCGCUCAAGAUCACGCGCAGCGCCGACGGCCUGUACAACGGCUCGCCCCAGACCAUCUUUGCCUACAACCUCGACAACGACAAGGUCUGGUACGACCUCAGCGACAUCUUUGGCGAUGCCUUUGUCGGCAAGAAGCUUGUUGUGGAAAGCGCCGAGCAGUCCUGCCCCUCCAUCAUCUGGCCCACGGGCGUGCCCCCCGCGGGCUCCCAGGUCAAGGUCUGCACGUCGGCUAAGGAUGUCACUUUGACGCUCUGUGCUUAG